AUACCAGACAAUACAAGCAGUGGAUGUACAUUAAAUGCAGGAAUAAGUCCUAAUGUACAAUCUUCAUAUAAACGAUAAUAAUGUGUGUAUACAAGCCUAUAGUUAUAUACCAUUUUCCUAUUCAAAGAGAAAUUAAUGGUUGGGGUCAGGCCUUACAAGUACUGCUUGGUUGUUGAUCAAAACCUGAAAGGAACGGGAAAAAUUGGAUGAUGAGUUUGUGCAAAAACAACUGCACAUCUAUUUGCAUUAACGGUGAAUCCUCCUUUCGAAAAAAACAAACUCAGGCGAUAUAUAGCUAUUUUCCUGCACUAAUGUGUUUCCUGCAUAACACUGAAAGUUCCUUGCUUAGAUCAACACUAUUAUAAUAGUACCACAACCGUGUUUUUCUUCCCACCCUCCCUACAUGUGCAUGCAGCUAAGUUGGAGAGAGAGAAUCGUGGAAGUCAUUAGGGACUCUGCAGAAUUUUCAGGUAGCAAAGUCUCCUACCAACUCUUGAUAUUCGACCCGCGGAAGCGAACGCUCAAAGAUCGAAUUCCCAUGGAGGACAUUGUCACCAUUCGUGCCAGCUGCGACUGCUUUUUCCAGAUCUUCCUCUCGAGUGGAAAGAUUCUCCAGUUCAGAGCUGAGAACAUGGAGAGCCAGGCCUACUGGAUGGCACUCAUCAAAGUUGGCCUUGGAAGAGGUUCUAUUUUCCAUGUUCGGGUCCAUACUCCGCAGAAGGGACUGGAGCACGCCUUGCUCUACAGCAUUGCGGUCAACCUGCCUGCCCACAGAGUGGGUCAAUUGGACCGCGUCCUCGUGUUGGCAUCUCCGAUCAAUGACAUCAACAUUCACGCAUGGGAUCUCAAUCGCGUUAAGCAUUUCAUGCAACUCGACAUCGGGAUUCAGAUGGAGUUGUGCGGCUACUGCGUCACCUCGAACCUCCAGGGAACGUCCAUCACGUUCGUUCUUGACAAGAUCUUUCAUGGCGAGUGCAUCGACUUUCUCUGCCAGGAGGCUCGCAUCAGCAACCAGCCUGCAAACGAGAGCGGUCUGUUUGUGUAUCCAGUCAACCAUGCUUGCACUCGACCUCCGUCGUACACGGAUAGCCAGCAACGUUUGGCUCCGACAGGGGUCGGGGACGUCAAUCAAACUCUGAGUGACCUCCACUCGGCAAACGUCUACACAACUCGUGGGGAUGUUAACACACACACCAACGUUGCGAACGGAGGAGACGGAAGCUCUCAUUACCCAAUACAACCUGCAGUACCAACUAACAACAUGGAUGACCAGUCAGUCCCACCGAGGAACAUCACGCGGAAAAGAUUUGAGUCGGCCGUGCCUGCAGUUGCCCACCCCUACAUGAAUUUCCAACCGCAGCUCUUCCAACAGACGUGUUCGUCCAGUUUCGAGUCUCCCUACCAGAUCAGCAGUCGAAUCAUCAUCACAAACUCUGGUGAGGUGCAAUACGAGCGAAAUAUCCUGGGGAACAAGCCACAGCACCACGGUGGUUUCCACUUCAAGAGAAGCAUCCCCCUCCCACCUCGCUCCAAGGCCAACACUACCCCAAAACCUUCCCUCGCCACCCCAAAAGCCUCCCCAGACACCCCAAAAGCUUACCCUGACACCCCAACAGAUUACCCAAACACCCAAACAGCUUACCCCGGCACCCCAAAAGCUUACCCCGACACUCCGAAAGCUUACCCCGAUGCACCAAAAGUUAUAUUCCCUCUACCUCGCUCCCCAAAUCGGACAGUCUCCCUUCCCACUUCGCACCCUCGCCGAGAAGAGCAGAGAGCUAAUCGAAAACUCCAGAAACGUAUCAGUGAACUGUCUGACUCGGACGAGUCCUAUGUCUUCAUACCCAGCGUUGUCCGUGACCCUACCAGAGUGCCACUACCCCAACCUCCACAGCUGGGAUCAGAUCUCGAGGGUUCGAAUGUUCCCGACUCAUCACCCGAGGGUUCUAACGUUAGCAGUCCUUUCUACGUGAAUUAUUUCUACGCACACAAUGCGUCCAACGGUCACGGAACCCCUAUGGGGGGUUCUGAAUUUCCUGACCCCUCACUCGAGAACAACACUGCUGAUGAUCUGUCUCAAUACCCCUACCAUGACGAACCAACCAGCCAUGGUCUGCCAUCGGAUUUCUGCGACCCUUCAAUUCAGACUUCGUCGAAUUCGUCAAAGCCCCAGCCUCUGGUGGAGGAUGUAACAGUGUCACCGCCAAGAACUACAGAAACAAUAGAAGAAACUGACUCGUUCUCUGGUGCUUACGACGAUAUCGUGUUGUUGACGCAGCAGUUUUCCAUUAGACCGGGUAAGGGAGCAGUGCCUCACGUGAUAGCUACACAGGAAAUCCGAUCCUCUGAUUCUCCCGUUCCUGUUCCACCGGCUCGUGAUUACGUACCACACCGCCCAGUGUCACCCAACAAGCCUCAGGUGAAGCCGCGAAGGAACAAAACUUUCUCAGAAUCGGAUUCCAAAACUGACUUCGUGACCGCCGGACCAACAACUACUCAAAAAUCGUUGACCAUCCCUAAACCACGUAGCUCGAACUCUGACCUCUCCCGAUCGCCAUGUCAUCAUAUUAUGCUCGAUACUACCUCCCAAGACGAUCCAUUUUCUUCAACAACAUCUCCAGUCAUGGACAUUCCUCAUAAUUUUAACCCCCUCACCACUCCCCCUCCUCGUCACCAGUCGUCUGUGCUAAAUUACCCUCCCCUAACUCCGCCUAUUCCCAGACCACGCCCCUUAUUCUCCAGGUUCAGGGUGGGCGGAGUCCAGCAGAAGGCGGAAGAUGACAGUAUGGUAGGAAGAAACAGAGCUGGCUCCUCCCACAACCACCAGAGUCGACUGUCCUCCACCAAAUUUCACACACCUUUUGGUUCUGUUAGUGAUUUGUAGAUUUUGUUCCAUAGUUGUGUAUUUAUUGAAAUAAUGUUUGAAGAACAGUGAGCAUUAUUCAGGCUCUGAUCAUUCAAUAUCAAGUUCC